AAUCCUUUUGCAACUCCACACUCUUUUUAGAACAACUUAUCCCAUUUCAUUUAUUUUAUGUCGAUUGCAGAAACUUCUCAACUGAAUACUUAACUCCAUUACCAUUAUUACUACUAUUCCAUCCAUGGAAGCUCAACAGAGGAUUGCAAGAAUUUCAGCUCAUCUCUAUCCUCAGCAGAUGGGAGAGUAUCAGACAUGUCUGAGCCGGGACAAUUGCCGCGCGAAAGGAGGUGCGCCGGGGUUCAAAGUGGCGAUCCUCGGAGCCGCCGGAGGGAUAGGACAACCACUAGCAAUGCUGAUGAAGAUGAAUCCUCUGGUCUCAGUUCUGCAUCUCUACGAUGUCGUCAACACUCCCGGCGUCACUGCAGAUAUAGGUCAUAUGGACACAGGAGCAGUUGUGAGGGGGUUCUUAGGACAGCAGCAGCUCGAGGGUGCGCUGACGGGGAUGGAUCUUGUAAUAAUACCUGCCGGAGUUCCAAGGAAGCCGGGGAUGACCAGAGAUGACCUCUUCAACAUCAAUGCUGGGAUUGUGAGGACCCUGUGCGAAGGGGUCGCCAAGUGCUGUCCUAAUGCGCUUGUUAACCUGAUCAGCAACCCCGUGAAUUCGACUGUCCCUAUUGCUGCUGAGGUCUUCAAGAAAGCCGGGACUUAUGACCCUAAAAAGCUCUUGGGAGUCACCAUGCUGGAUGUUGUGAGAGCCAAUACAUUUGUGGCUGAAGUUUUGGGAUUGGAUCCGAGAGAAGUUGAUGUACCUGUGGUUGGAGGACAUGCUGGGGUGACAAUUUUGCCACUUCUCUCACAGGUGAAGCCUCCUUGCUCGUUUACGCCGGAAGAAGUCGAGUAUCUAACAAAGCGGAUUCAGGAUGGAGGAACAGAAGUUGUCCAGGCGAAAGCCGGAGCAGGUUCUGCGACGCUGUCAAUGGCAUAUGCAGCAGUGAAAUUUGCAGAUGCUUGCCUGCGCGGCUUGAGAGGAGACGCCGGCGUCAUUGAGUGUUCCUUUGUUUCUUCCCAAGUUACAGAACUCCCUUAUUUUGCAACAAAGGUCCGGCUUGGCCGUGGAGGAGCAGAGGAGGUGUUCCAGCUGGGGCCUUUGAAUGAGUAUGAGAGGGCCGGACUGGAGAAGGCAAAGAAAGAGCUGCAAGAAAGCAUUCAGAAGGGAAUCUCCUUCAUCAAGAAAUAGAAACUACAUCAUCAAGAACAAUCCUUUACAUGCUGUCUGAUCUCUCUAGCUGCUGUAUGCAGAGAUUAUGUGAAACUAGUUACCUGUCAUGUGUAUAAUUUAUAGUAUAUGACUGAAAUAUAUAUACAGGUUAUAAAGUGGCAGCAAGAUUGAUAGCCAA